GCAAAAACAAAAAGCGUGCGUAAUUGCAUUGGUAAUUUUGUUUGACUCUGGCACCUUCCAAUUCUUCUAAUCUUCUGCGUUUCUCUCUCCUUUAUUCUUCAAUCCACAGCAAAGUUAGAGACGAGAGAGAGAGAGAGAAAGGGAAAGAAACCUAAUACAAUACCCUUUUUCUCAGAAAUCACACUCUCACACCCACUUCCCCCAAUUCCCAUUCUCUCUGAAUUACGAGGGUUUUCGAAAUCGAAGAGUCUCUGAUCGAUUUCGAUUCGGAAAAAUGGCGUCUUCGAGCGCAACCGGUGCUGGAUCCACCGAUCCCACAGCUGCCAGAAGAAACACCAAGCGACCCAAGUAUUCAAAGUUUACCCAGCAAGAACUUCCAGCGUGUAAGCCGAUUCUCACACCACGAGCGGUUAUUUCAGCAUUCUUGCUUGUUAGCAUUGUAUUCGUUCCUAUUGGAGUUGCUUCACUAAUUGCUUCAAGGAAGGUUGUUGAAAUUGUUUUUAGGUAUGAAUCAACAUGCAUACCACAUGAAGUUACUGACAAGGUAGCAUACAUUCAGAGUCCUGCAGAUAAAACGUGCAAAAUAUCACUACCGGUGGACAAGCAUAUGAAGUCGCCUAUUUAUGUCUACUAUCAGCUUGACAACUUCUACCAGAAUCAUCGCCGAUAUGUUAAAAGCCGAAGUGAUGAGCAAUUGCGGGAUCGUAGGGAAGAGAACUCAACAAGUGCUUGUAAUCCUGAAGAUAUAGCCAAUGGAAAGGCAAUUGUACCUUGUGGUCUUAUAGCCUGGAGUUUAUUCAAUGACACAUACAGCUUCUCCCGUGACAAUAAGAAUUUGACUGUGAACAAGAAUGGCAUCUCCUGGAAAAGUGAUAGAGAGCACAAAUUUGGAAAAGAUGUUUUCCCCAAAAACUUCCAGAGUAGUGCUAUUAGAGGUGGUGCAAGUCUCAAUGAAUCCAUACCAUUGAGUAAGCAGGAGGAUCUUAUUGUCUGGAUGCGUACUGCUGCUUUGCCAACUUUUAGGAAGUUGUAUGGAAAGAUAGAGGUGGAUCUCAAUGCAGGUGAUCAAAUAAAUGUAACACUGCAAAAUAACUACAACACAUACAGCUUUAAUGGCAAGAAAAAGCUUGUUCUAUCAACUACUAGCUGGCUUGGUGGGAAGAAUGACUUCCUGGGCAUUGCCUAUCUCACUGUUGGAGGGUUGUGUUUCUUUUUGGCAUUGGCUUUUACCGUUGUAUAUUUUGUCAAGCCAAGGCAACUUGGAGAUCCCUCAUAUUUGUCAUGGAAUAGGAAUCCAGGAGGGCACUGAGCAAAGAAACUCACUAUGCUUGUUGGUCAUUUCCAUGAUUAUAGGCCUUGGGUAUGCUACAAAUGCGGGUGUAGUUUUGUACAUGUAUGUUAACCCAAUUACUAGUAGUACUUGUGAAUUUAGGUGUUCUUAUCCCCCCCUCUCCCCAACACAAGAAAACCAAAACACUUCUUUUUUCUGCUUUUUCUGUGUUAUGCAUCAGAAUUGAAAUAUCUUGUAUGUUCUGAUAAUAUAUAGCGUCCCAAUAUAUGUUGUUCUAGUUGCAGUUCAUACACAAUCUGGUGAAAAUAGUUGUUCUUGUUUGGUUU